AAUCUCUGUCGACCCAUCGGCUUAAACGUAUACGAAGUUUGUCGUUUUGGAGAAACUCUUUCUUUUUUCUGGCUGAAAGAGAGGUUUUUUUGCCAGUCGUAGCUCGAUAAUGUUCAAAAACGUUAACCUAGUUAGAGCGAAAAAACCUAAAAAGAAAACAAAUGCGAGACAAAAACUUCAGCGUGAAGACCCAGGAGCUAAGGAACUUUCCUUGAGGAGAUGAGUCUGGGCUAUUCCGCCUAUUUCUGUAAGGCCUAUAGUGCAAAGUGCUAACAUACAGAGUUUUUCUAUAGUUUGAUGAUUUCACUGUGAGAUGGCAGGCCAGGAGCUGAUAGCGGAAUGCGGCGUCGAUGUAAUGGUCACUUUCGCCGAGUCGUUGUACAUUUACACAGAGCUGUUAUCUGUGGCUACAGUCUGUGGAGGGCUGUCGGGAAUAUUAGCUGCUGCUCUUUUAUAUGUCUUCUGUCUUAAGCCGCUGCUGUUGACGAGACAAGGUUACAAUGCAAGGAGGCUGCUUGAACCUGAUGAGGGGGAGUUAGACAAUAACCAGAGUGACUGUGUCAGCAACAGCAGAAAGGAGGCUGCAAGUGGAACCACUAAUGAAAAAGAGAAGAAGCAGCCACCCGUGAACAGUGAUGUGGCUGCAUUUGCAUCCAGAGCAAAGGUGGUUUAUCCCAUCAACCAAAAAUACAGACCUUUAGCAGACGGAGCAUCCAACCCGUCACUACAUGAGCACUCCAAGUUGCCAGCCAUGCCUAAUGAGGAGUCAUCUUACUCCAUGGACGGAGAGUCCCUGAGCCAGGAGCAGGACAACGAUGACAGCAGUCAGUUUAUCUCUUCUUCGCUGGUCCCCAAGAGCCUGCAGAACCAGAGCUUCACCAGGGUCUCUCACUACCCUCACACACUGACACAAACAGGUUUUGAAGGUAGGAUCAGCCUUUACUGUUUAGCCCUGCAGGAUAUACAACAGCACUGCUCUCAGCUUCAGGAAGAAAAAUAUCUGAUUUUUCUUCAAAUGGUGAAAAUGAUAUUCAGCUGCCGGUUUCCAAAAGAUAAAAAUGAUGCUGACUUCUCCAAGAAUAUUCUUCAAAUGCAGGAAAAGGAACUAAAUGAGCUUAGGAAACAGCUGCCAUCAGGCCAGACUGCCAGUGAGAAGAACGAUGACGCUCCGUGUACUCUGGAAGAGAUUGAGAGAGCUCAGAAAGAUAUCCUUGAACGUGGCCUUCAAAUGUCCAAAGGCUUCAGCAAACAGGUGGAGGACUUGUGUCAGCAUCUGCUAAAGAAGACCAACACUUUAUCUCCAGAUGAAGCCCAGGAUGUUAUUCUGUCUCUCAUCCAAACUCUUUUGUUAGUAGAGAACCACCUGGUGAACACACUAGAAGAAGACCUGAAAAGAAUACAGCAGAAGCUGCUGUGGUGGGAGGAGCUGACAGGGCUUCUUCAGUCCCAGCCGGCCUUGCUAAAGCGGGAAGUGUCUCUAAGGCAGGGCUUGAUAGCCACAACACUGGAGCAGCUGACGAGCGAUGACAUCUUGACCUUUAGCCACAUGGAAAAGAUAGUUUCAGACAUUCAGGCCACUCUGACUGAAGGCCUUCAGCAGUGCACUGAGGAGUGCACACAGAAGACGAAGGAGCUGGUGAAUGACAAGUGCAGCAAAAUAGAGUCUAAGCGGAAGAAGCUUCAGAGGAGCCAGACCAAGGAAAAGACUCGAGCCCUGGAACUGAGACAGACUCACGGUGACCUACAGCAGCUUGCCAAGAUGUACCAGGAGCUGCUCAUGAAACACAGGCAGCAGAUUUCUGAUUUGGAGCUGCAGCAGGAGAACAGGGUGGCUGAAGCCCUUUGUGACCUUUGGAAGAAACUUCGUACCUCCUGGUCAAAGAAGCUUGGGGAGCUAGCCAAGGACAUCUUUCUGGCCUCAGUCCCUGCCCAGUCAAAACUCUCUGCUGAGCGCUGUGAGAAGCUGUGGUUGGAUCUGGAGCACGAGCUAACUGCACAGCUGCAGCAGGCAGAGUGCACUAUCAAGCUGCAACUGGAGGACAUGAGGGCUCAGCUGGAUAAAGAUGGACAGGUGUGGAGUGAGGAGAUGGCUCUGGUGCAGGCCUGUCUCAAACAUCUGAGUGAACAACAGAUGAAGAUCCUCCAAGCCAUGGUGACCAGACAGAGCUACACACUCAGCAGUCAAGUGGGUAUGCUGAUAGAGAAGAAACAUGAGCACCUGCUGGUGGCGGUGCAGAGGUGCUUUGUGGUCAGACACUUCUGUCUGCACAUGCUGAAGGAGAUGAGGCUGUCCAAGCUGAAGGUGCUCUCUCAGACUGAUUUUAGAGCUGUGCUAAUGGAAGAUGCCAGUAAAAGCCAGUCCUGUGCCAGUUCAGUUCUCAAGAAUAGCAGUGCCAGCCUAGCAGAGAGGCAUCUUGGUCCAGAGAGUCAGCUGGUGGCCCACAGCUUCCAGCAGGAGUUUCUUUCUGAACUGGAAACAGGAAUGGAGCUGCUUCAGAGCCAUGCACAACUGGUGCUUGGCAAUGCCCUCAGUCACGCUAUCCAACAGAUGAUGGAGACCCCGCACACGGAGUCACAGCCCUCCCUAAAACCUGAUGACAGCUUGAAGCACCACCUGAUAGAGGCUGCACCAGAGAGUGUAUACAUGACCAAAGACUCUCUUUCUGCUCUGGUCCAAAGCUAUUAUUCCCACCUACAGGAUGUUACCAAAAAACUACAGCAGGCUAAAUCAAACACAAACCAGGAGGUGAAUGAGAAGCAGGAGAGCAGCAGUCAGCUGAACAGAGCCCUGCAGAGGGAGCUGGUGAACUGGGGCAAAAAACCUACCUCCGCUGAGUUUCAACAGAGGGUUGAACUUCACAAAAGGAGGGUGUUGGAGCUGUGUGAUCUGGAACAGGAGAUGAUAUAUGAUGGACUUAGGCGGAAGAAAGUAGCCCAAGAUCAAAGCUUGGAAAAAAUCAAAAAACAGCUACUGGAGGCAGAAGAAAGCUUCAUCAAUGAGCUGGCAGAUUUGGCCCGGGUCUCUCUCCAUAGUCCAGAACCAGAACCUAGUGGUGAAGAGGACAACUCCGGUGAUCAGAGUACCACAAUACUAGACCUGCUAGCCCUGAACCCAGCAUUAGAUCCAGCCUUGAAUCCUUCACUGACUCCAACUAUUGUAACUCCAGUGGCGAAAUCAAAAGCUAAGAAGAAAAUGUAGCACAAGCCCCACCUCAGCUGAAAUCUUAACACAGUGAUGUGCCUGUAAUGUCCUGUAAAGAUCUUCUCCUAAUUUUAUAGUUAAAAAACCACUAAUCUGCUGAGAGCAAUUUUGUUUUUAUGAAGGUCCCUCUCUUUAAAACACUCUUUCUAAAAGUGUUUUGCUUGAAGUAGGUUUCUAAACUUUUGCAAUUAUGACAAAAGCAAUCUGUUUUUCCAAUCAGUCUUCAUUAUUGUAAAUGCCAUGUACCAUCAAAUAAUGAAACUAUUAA